AAGAUUCAAUGAUCCUAUGAAUUCUGCUCCGUCUGUGUGUGAUUAAAUAAUAGCUUUUUGCAAUCCUGACGCUGCACCGGGACCAGUUCUGCCACUAAUGCCUAUAGUGGGAAUCCUCAGGUGAAUCUGCGUGCUGCGCAGGCGGAGGAAAAUUAUUUCGGCGUUGAACAAAUGGCCGGCAUUGGUAGUUUCUUGUUGCCAUCCUGUAACAUCUAAGCAAAGAAAAUAAAGAUGGUCCGCGCUUGCGGUUUUAAGUCGGACAUCAUUCAUCGUUUUUUCGGCCCAAGCAAUCUAAAAUGACUUCACGUAUGAAGUGCCUUGCAUUAGACUACGAAAGGUACCACAAGACCUUCCGUUUGUUCCUCGAACUGUCGUCGGAGCAUCAGGCUAUGAGUAAAUUCAUUCAUGAGAGUCUUCCUGACAUCUUCGCACGCAUUGGGGAGGGCAAGACUACCUUUGAUGUUAUUUCAGUGGGGAGUGGUACAGGAGAGGUGGACCUGGAGAUACUUUCACAGCUGAUUAAGGUUUUACCAGAUGUGAAGGUGGGCUGUGACAUGGUGGAACCCAGUGAGCCGAUGCUGGAGAAAUGCAAGGAACUUGUGUCAAGAACUCCCAACUUGGGUAAUGUAAACUUCACAUGGAAUCAGAUGACUGCCUCUGAGUUUGAGAAGCACUGGAGAGAGAGACAGUCGGAGAAGAAAUUAGACUUCAUUCAUAUGAUUCAGAUGCUGUAUUAUGUCACCGAUACUGCUGCUACUAUCUCGUUUUUCCGGAGUCUCCUGAAUGAAAAUGGAAAACUUCUCAUCAUACUUGUUGCUGGAGAGAGCAGUUGGGGCAAGCUGUGGGGCACUUAUCAGAAGGAGUUAUGUUGCACUGAAAUCACCCAGUGCGUGACAGCGGCAGACAUCAAGCGCUACCUCACUGCCGAAGGAAUCAGCUUUGAAACCUUUGUGUUGCCUUCAACGAUGGACAUCACAGAAUGCUUCAUCCCCGGUGACGAGAAGGGGGAACUGCUACUGGACUUUCUCACUGAGGUGCUGGAUUUCAGCCACAGUGCACCUCCAGAGCUGAAAGCCGGCGUGAUGAGCUUCCUGCGUAGCCCUGACUGCAGCAGUCAGGUGAACGGAAGGAUCAUAUUCAAUAAUAAUCUGGAGGUUUUGGUUUUAGACCCAUAAGAUGCAGAGUAGUUCACCAAAUGCUCAUUGCUUCUUAGAUGUGGUUUUCAAUAGAGUAGUAUAUGAAAGUGAGAUUGUUCUUAGGUAUGGUAUUGUCUUUUAUAGCUGUUUCCAUCAGAUAAAAAAAAAAAACUGUAUUUUUCCCUGAACCUCCUACAUCUUGAACAAUCACUGAAACUGUAGGAAUGUCAGUGAGAAAGAUAUUAACAAUGAAUAAUUCUAUUUGUUCAGUAAUCUGUGUGUCUAUUGAAUAAUCAAUACAUUUUCUAACAAAAAUAAAAUACAACCAUAUAUGUUCCCUUAAAGCUUAAAUUCAAUCGUAUCUUCGUAGAAAAUGUCCAAUUUAGAGUGGCCAUCAUUUUAAGUAUGAAUCAUAUGAAUCCUGUUUGUAGUUCAUACUAAAUAAAUCUUCUGUUGUUCUGUCCCCUGCUGACAGCAGCCAGUGAUUUCAUGUGGAUCAAUACAGAGCCAGACAUUCUGUAAAUUACACUUUGUGUGACAUAUCAAACCGGCUCAUAUGACUGCACUCUCUCAACUCCCAAUCUGGAGACGUCUGAAAAGGGCCUUUGGCUUUGUGUGUUCUUGAAAGGAACAGUUGUAUUACUGGUUGGAAGCUUGUUAGGGGACAAGACUCCUCCUUUCAUUGGUUAUGUAAGGCAGGAUUAAAUAAAACCCAAAAUGAGUCAACAA